CGCGGGGCUGGGGGCUCCGAGGGACGCGGAGCCGGGUGCCUCUCUGAGGACGGCGAGCAGCUGUGCCGCUAGCACUGCGUAAAGUCCCCAUUUGCUUCUUAUAAAUUAGAGUGCCUUGUCACCAGUUAGGGCAAGUCAGCCAAGGUGUUGUGAAAUGAACAGAGAAUAAAUUCUGUUUGAAGUAAGCAGAGAGGAGAAGCACAUCAUUUUGUCUACACCACGAGUCUGGAACCCAAGAAGGAGCAGUUAAAAGGCAGUAGAUUUGAUUUGUCAAGUCAUUUGGAAAAGGAGGAGUGGAGAAGUGCCCUGUAACCACUGAAGAAUAGAAAAUGGCCGGCUGUGGAACUCUAUUGUGAAGACCUCAGAAGAAAUAUCAAUUUUUCCAGUCAGCUUUUCAUAAUGUAAAUAUAAUUUGAGCUUUCCCAAAUGGGCAGCUAAACAAUGAACAAACGGAAAACCCCAAUUUGGACUGUAUUUCUGAAUCAGGCUUCACCUUCUGUCUCGGGAACUUAUUAAAGGAUUACAGCUGAGAAAGACAAGAGAAAGAAAACCUUGAACAGGAAGCUUGUCCUACAAUGAGAAUUACAUCCUAUAUCUGCCCAGUCCUAGUUUGUCUCUGUUUUGUGCAGAGGUGUUACAGAGCUGCUCACCAUGGCUCCAUCAAGGUGACUAGAAAUCAAACCAAACACAUAGAAGGCGAAACAGAAGUGCAUCAUCGUCCCAAGCGUGGAUGGGUGUGGAAUCAGUUCUUUGUUUUAGAAGAACAUAUGGGACCAGAUCCUCAGUAUGUAGGAAAGCUGCAUUCCAACUCCGACAAAGGUGAUGGAUCAGUCAAAUACAUUCUCACUGGAGAAGGGGCAGGGACUAUAUUUAUUAUUGAUGACACGACUGGAGACAUCCAUUCAACCAAAAGCCUAGAUCGAGAGCAGAAGACACACUACGUGCUUCAUGCCCAAGCUAUUGAUAGACGGACAAACAAGCCACUUGAGCCUGAAUCUGAAUUUAUUAUCAAAGUGCAGGAUAUCAACGACAAUGCACCAAAAUUUACAGAUGGACCAUACAUUGUUACUGUACCAGAGAUGUCUGAAAUGGGUACAUCUGUUCUACAGGUGACAGCCACAGAUGCAGAUGACCCCACAUAUGGAAACAGUGCCAGAGUAGUGUACAGUAUUCUUCAGGGACAGCCAUAUUUCUCAGUUGAUCCCAAAACAGGAGUCAUCAGGACUGCCUUGCACAACAUGGACAGGGAAGCCAGAGAGCAUUAUUCCGUUGUCAUUCAAGCCAAAGAUAUGGCUGGGCAGGUCGGAGGGCUGUCAGGAUCAACAACUGUAAAUAUCACACUCACUGAUGUCAACGACAAUCCACCCAGGUUUCCUCAGAAACAUUAUCAACUGUAUGUUCCUGAGUCAGCUCAAGUUGGAUCAGCAGUUGGCAAAAUCAAAGCAAAUGAUGCAGACACUGGUUCAAAUGCAGACAUGAAGUACACAAUUAUAAAUGGUGAUGGCUCUGGGGUAUUCUCCAUAUCUACUGACAAAGAAACAAGGGAAGGAAUUCUUUCCCUCAAGAAGCCUCUCAACUAUGAAAAAAAGAAAUCAUAUACUCUUAAUAUAGAAGGAGCAAAUACUCACCUUGAUUUCCGCUUUUCACACUUGGGACCUUUCAAAGAUGUAACAAUGCUGAAGAUCAUCGUUGGCGAUGUGGAUGAACCUCCGCUCUUCACUAUGCCUUCCUAUGUCAUGGAAGUUUAUGAAAAUGCAAAGAUUGGGACUCCUGUUGGCACAGUAACAGCACAAGAUCCUGAUGCUGCAAACAGUUUAGUGAGAUAUUUCAUUGAUCAUAACACAGAAGAAGAUAGGUAUUUCACCAUUGAUGCUAGUACUGGGACCAUUAAGACUGCCAAGAUCUUUGACAGAGAGGAGACACCUUGGUACAACAUCACAGUGGCCGCUUCUGAGAUAGACAAUCCUGGACUGGUGAGCCACGUUCCAGUUGGUGUUAGAAUACUAGAUGUCAACGACAAUCCUCCAGAGCUUGCCAGAGAUUAUGAUGUAGUCGUCUGUGAAAAUGCAAAGCCUGGUCAGGUAAUUCAGACUAUCACUGCAACUGACAAAGAUAACUCUGCAAAUGGAGCAAGAUUCCAUUUUUCUCUUGAUGAAGGGCUUUCUUUGAAUCCCAACUUUACUCUAAGGAACAAUGAAGAUAAUACAGCCAGUAUCCUGACAAGACGAAGGAGAUACAGUCGAACCACUCAAGACACCUAUUACCUCCCAGUUUUGAUUUCUGAUGGUGGAGUGCCCCCUCUCAGCAGCAGCAGUACCCUCACCAUUCGGGUCUGUGCGUGUGAGAGAGAUGGACGAGUGAGAACUUGCCAUGCUGAAGCUUUCCUCUCCUCGGCUGGCUUAAGCACGGGAGCUUUAAUCGCAAUCCUACUCUGUGUUGUAAUUCUUCUCGUUUUCUCUUUAGCAAUUGUGGUCCUUUUCAUCACCCUAAGACGUAGCAAGAAGGAGCCCUUGAUCAUCUCAGAAGAAGACGUCCGGGAAAAUGUUGUGACAUAUGAUGAUGAGGGUGGUGGAGAGGAAGACACAGAAGCAUUCGACAUCACCGCACUGCGGAAUCCAUCUGCUGCUGAAGAGCUAAAGUACCGGAGGGACGUUCGUCCUGAAGUGAAGCCUGUGUCCAGACAUCAUCUCUCCUCAAGCCUUGACAGUAUAGAUGUUCAGGAGUUCAUUAAACAAAGACUGGCAGAGGCUGAUCUGGACCCCAGUGUGCCACCGUAUGACUCCCUGCAGACAUAUGCCUAUGAGGGUCAUAGAUCAGAAGCUGGAUCUAUCAGCUCUCUGGAUUCAACCACAACACACUCUGACCAGGAUUAUAAUUACCUUGGAGAGUGGGGACCUGAGUUCAAGAAGCUAGCUGAACUCUAUGGGGAAAUAGAAUCAGAAAGAACAACUUAGUUGUAAUUCCCAAACAGAGAAGUUCCUAAACAACUGGACAUAUAAUGACAGCACUGGUAACAAAAAAAAGUGAAUACAGUACUUGGAACUAAGUUGUGUGCAGUUCCUGUAGAACAAGUGCCCUUUUCAUAUUUGAAACUGGGUUCUCCAAUUGGAAGAAAAUCAAAUUUUGAAAAAUACAGAAAAAAGAAUAUAUUGUCCCUUGUGUACUUUUUUUUUUAAUUGCUCAAUAAAGUCUGUGGUACCGUAUCUGCAACAAUACCUACAGUAAAGCCAAGCAAUGACAUUUUUAUUUCAAUAUGCAUAACAUCUCCAAGCUACAGUAAGUUUAUGGUCAUGUCUGUUUAAGAAGAUAGCUAAUGGAGGAGCUAAUCUCUUGCAGGUGGUUGUAAUGUUGCAUUUCUAGCUGUGCUCUAGGCCUUGUGAUCUCAAUGUGAGGUAGCCAGGGGGGCUUACUAUCAGUGUGAGAAGUGCUACCAGUCUGUUUCCUUUACAGAGGUGAUAAGCUACACCUGUCCUCUUAAAUAAAUGGUCCUUUGAUGAUUUAAUCUUAUUGAAUUAGCAGGUUGCAUUGAGAAGCUGUCAUUUCAUAAUGUCCUUCAUAAUCUUGUCAUCCAUAACCAGCUAACAGAUGGAGGGCAUCCUUAGCUGUAGCUCAAACACGGCUUUAAGCCCAGACCUGCUCUGUUACUACUGCGUGCUGAAGGAACUGUUAUUUACAGUGUUGUGCUUUUUCUUUUCAUCUUUUCAUGGAAACAUCAUUCAUUUAAGUAGAAUGGGCCCAAAGUAGUCUUUAUGCAGCGAAGCAGAUGAAGUGUAGGCUCUUUCGACAAAAACACCAUUAAACUAUGCAGUUGUUUGGUUCACUGUGCUUCACUUAAGAGCUGAAGCUUUUAAAGUCUUUUGCUGGUCUGAGUCCAGGAGCUACAACACUGAGUUUAGAACAGAGAGUUCUUAAUCAUAAUGUCUUUCUAUUUCUGUGUGUGACUAAAAGCAAAAUUGAGCUGCUGUUAGGUCACUGGGAUAGUGAAAAUUGAAACAAAUAAAAUAAGAUGAUGCUGGUUUUUUUCUUUUUAGUUCAAUCUGCUAAUAUUUCUUUCUUUUAAUUUCCACCUAAGCAGAACAAGCUUUUUUCCCCCUAUUUCAAGCAUCAUGGGAACAGGUACAUUUUAAGUCAGUGGAGGAAAUGUAUCAUUAUUGUGGUUCAUAUGGGUUAAAUAAGUUGAUUAUUUAUGUUUGUAACAUUACAGAUCUGCUAAACAGUUCUGCUUAACACUGUGGGCUGCUUAACAACUCAUCCAGCAGAUUCUGAUUUUUCCUUUGUUUCAUUUGAAACUUUAACCUUUUUGUUUGUCUUUCUUGUGAUAAUACUGUGAGAGGACCAGGUACUCAAAAUAUUGCAUGAAAGAUUAUGACUUAUAAGGCUCACAGUCUAUUACAGUCCUUUGCUUUUAAGAAAAUUGUAGUUCCACUUAGGGAAGUGGACUUCUUCCAGUAUGAAUUUGAUAGGAAAACUGUCCAGAGCAGAAACUGUGUACUGUUUUUUUACUCUCUGGUCUGGUGUGCAGAGUGAUACAGACUUGUAUGCUCCAGUAGAUUCCCCCCUUUGCAUUUUAGGUGCCGCUUAUAUUCAGCUUAGUAAAGCAAGGUCUACAGUUUUUGAUGACCUUCUGUGGGCCACACAAGUGAACCAGAUUAUUAAACCUUCCUUUCUUUGCUCCAGGGUUGCGUAGGUCCUGGAUAUGGCUGAAACUUCUGAUCAGUUCUACUUUGAGGGGAUUUUUUUUUUUUUGAGUGAACUUCUUCCUGAGAUGUAGUUGACUGCUUUUGGCUUAAACAGCCUUCUGGAAAAAUUAGCCAGUAGCUUUGCAAGAAAUUUUCCACACUCUAAAAAGUAUUAGUUGUACUGUAGUUCUAGAACUGGCUUUUACUACACUGUUCUGUUUGAAAAUUAUUUUCCUUUCUUUCAGCAUUUAAACCCAUGAGAAAAUUUAGGAGGGAAAACCCGUGAACUGUAAAUGUUCUGCUGAUGAUUUGAAAGUAGUCUAAUAAUUUGUGUUCAGAUUUUUUUUACUUUUUACCAAAUACAGAAUCUUCUAGAAAUGCAUUUAAAAAGACAUUAUUGCUGUAGAGUGAGGUUAAACAGAUGUUUUAAUGCAAUAAGAGUUACACAGAAGCUGAGAAUGGCCUAUAUAUUGUCUUUUUUGCGGGUAGAGUUAGGAUAUGUUUCAGUUUUGUCCCAAAUGAAGAAACUAAUAGUGUUCGAUUUUAAUAGGAGGUUUUCUUUUGAUUUAGGUCACACUUGCUUUAUGCCAACAUCUAAAUUUUUAUAUUGUAUGAGUGUUAAAAAGAAAAUCUUUUAGCAUUACUACUACCAUGGGCUAUAAUACUUUGUACCACAUCUGCACGAAAAUUGCAUUAAUUGUUGUAUUAUAGUUUUGAGAGCAGGUAUUAGUUAUCUUUAUGUCUGCUCCAUCUGACCCUACACCAAAGCAGGGAAAAUCAAUUGUAUUUUGUGUUUUAAGCAGUGUUCCCACCACUGUUUUCUUUUAUUUGCAUCAUAGAACAUUCAGGCUUAAAGGCAACAGAAGUGCAGUGACUUAAGCAAAUAUUCCCUCUUUGCGCUAAUGUUCUGUUUAAGUUUAUAAUAUCUCAGAGAAAUAAGAAUCCCCCUUUCACCAUUCCAGGUGCUCUCUUUGCUGCUAUACAGCAUGUGCAUCAUACCCCCGGACCCAGGAAUUCUGAGUCCUUUAAUCUCUGCAGGGUUAUUGAGACGCUGCUUCUGUGAUGCUGCAGUGUGUUCUAUGUCCUAUUCACAGUGAUCUCCAAAUGUGCUUUUCUAUCAUGAUAUGUCUGCAUGCUUGCUAUGCUUACUGUUUUUUACUCAAAUACACAUCACAGUGUCGUGUUGUUUGCAUGACAAAUAGCAGAAUAUUAAAUCUUCAGGGCCACAGAAAAAGGCCUCACAGUGCAGAAAGAACAGGUUUACGCAUUUUUUAUCCCUAUCCCAAAAUAUUUUCCUUUGGUCCUUUGUGUCCUAGAAAAAAAUUUAAACCAUAUUUGAGAAUGUCUAUGUUAACCUAGAUUGAAGUGCAAGAAGGUUAUACUUUUUGCCAUGGACAUCACAAUCAUUUUAUAGCAUUGCUAAUUUGAAAAAAGUAUACAUUCAGUUGAAGUAUUGUGGGAAACUUUCCUGGCUUAUGGUUGAGUUUGAUUAUAUAGACUUUGCCUAAAGCUUUCAUGGUUCUUUUGUGUACUCAUAUUCUCAAAUAUUUUCCUAUUUGCCUAAAUAGUAAUUCUGCUGCUGCAUAACAAGUAAAUGCUGAAAACUGCCAGUUUUACUUAAACUGGAAGAUACUGAGUAAAGUUAAAUGGCAAAUGCAAAGUGUUACUUAAGGGCUUUCCCAUUUACAAUUUGAUUUCUGCAACAUCUAUUCAACUAAUAUUUGCACCAAAAUAAGUAAUUGUAUUCCUCCAAACAAACCCUCUUUCUUGUAAUGCUGAGGGCACUCUAUGCUGUAAUCUUGACAAGUCAUCUGAGAAACUGGUCAGUAUAAGAAUUUUAAAAUGUGUAACUAUAUUGUCAAACUAAAAUCUGUCAAAAAUGUAGUUUAAUGCACUUUAAAUGCAAGGAAGAGCUUGAAUUCAACUGGUAUUAGAUUAAGAUUCAUACAUUGAAAACAAAUUAACUUGUUUAUCAGUGUUUUGUUACAAAACAUAGAACACUGUAAAAGUUGAAAGUAAUUUCACUCUGUUAUGCACUUUAUAUUUUUUCAUUCUUCUUAGAAAACCAAACUAAUUGCAAACAUUUUUGGGUUUGAAUUCUAAUUGAUGCAGUUGUUUAAAUUGUGAAUACUGAAAGAAAAUAUCUAUAUGAAAGUAUUCUCACUGGUAUUUAAAAGGAAUUAAAAAAUUUAUGUGGUCUCAGGCUUUUUAAAAUCAACUUUUAGAAAUUCUAAGUAUUGGACCAGUCUGGAAUUAACCAAACUCAUAAACUCACACAAGGGUAACAAAGGGAAUAUUCUAAAUGCAAAGAAGAAUAUGAAAUUAUGCUGCCUAGGGUUAUUUUGUGGAUUAUAAACUGCUAAGACCUUGUACUUGCAGUACAUAUAAAUGGCACAGUGCAUUCUAAGGAACGUUAGAAGUGUGUUGCAAGUUUUGGGCCAUCCUUAUUUUUCCAAAGUCUCCAAAAAUAUAUAUAUUUUUUUUAACAAAAGAGUUAUGUAAAGUAUACCUCCUUAUGCAAGUGUUACUGAUAGAAAUUGUUACAUUUUCUUUUAAUAAACAAAAGGGACAAAAUCUUUUAUUCGUAUUUUUCAAAUAAAAUGUGCUCUUUGCUAUGGUGAUGGGUUAUUGUAUUCCUCAUCACAACUAGAAUAUGUUAUUUUCUCUUCACUGCUGUAUUCUAUAUGCACCAAAGAACUAUAACAUCUAAAGACACUCUGUCCUUAAAAAUCAGAUGUGAUACAGUUGUAUUAAUGAGGUUAAUGUCAGAAAUGGUAUGAUAAGUUUAACUAGAUUUUUAAUGUCUGGUAUAGUCACUUCAUUGUGCCACUGUUUCAAAGACUGUCUUACAUGGUUAUUGCUACAGAUGGAUAGUGAUAGUGAAAGACACAUCAGGUAGUUUACAACAGACUGCAGUAUAACUGCUAAAUGGUUCAUUACUUUUACUUGUGGCAACUAUUCCGCUCCAACCAUCACUGUCCUGAAACUGAAACACAGUGUUAUAGGGUGAAUACAUUAUCUGCAUGAGUGAGUUGGGGAAUUGCACAUCUAUGAAUCCAGAUUGUUGGUAACAGCCAGGGUUAUUAUCCUAAGCUGACACAGAAGACAAAAGUAGACAAGGACAUUUACAACGAUUAAGCUCAGGCACAUGCAAUUCAAGUGCACAGGAGUCACUAAUUCUUUCUCAGGAAUUUAAAAGGAAUUAACAGACUUUACCAACAAAUUACAUCUUAGAAAAUAAAGGUACCACAGUUCACAAAAAACUUGUUGCAUGCAAGGCUGUCUUUCUCGUACUGACAUGAAUUUUAAAAAUAAAGCUGGGGUUGACAGGAAACGAAAGUAGAAUUUUGCUGUUGUACCCUACUUCCUCUACUUUAUUACCCACUGGCCAAUUUAGAUUGUGCACCACUAUGCUAUGCAAUUCUCACAUGUGCCUUGCCACAGACCCAGAAAAGAAAGUAUUGUAAGAUAAUAUUUGCAAGAUAAAUACUGUCAGCCUGAAUCUGAAUGCAAGUUCAGGGAGAUUUUGUGGGUUUUGUUUUGGUUCUCAUUUGAGGUGUUUAAACUUUCAAAAGAAUUUUUAGAAAUAUUUUAGAUAAUCUAAGAUUGAUUAAACUUUUAAUUUUUUGUCUUAGCAAAGCCUGCUAUCAACUUAUUGUGAAAUUGAUUUUUGGGUUGCUUGGAGUCGAUACUAAAAACCAUAUGUGGCAAUUGUAUUGUUUUUAUUUAGGUGCAGAGUGUCUUCAAAAGCUAGAAAGCUUUACUUGUGAGUUUAGUAGACUUUUUUGGAGCAUUUUUGUGUUCUUGUAACUCCUCACAAGUCCAUCAACAUACCUGAACCUUUAAUUUAACAAGGAAGUCCCAAAGAUCCAACAAACUUUCCACACUUGCUGUCUCUAAAUUUGUUUUUUCUGGAAGUACAUGCAACAGAGCAUAUUAUAGCUGAUAUGCAGUCAAUACCUGCAGAAGCAUGCUCAUCCAGGAAAGCUACCUUCAAAGGAAAAAUAGACAUUGGGAUUAGGACUCAGAGGAUCAUGAGGCACACAGACCUUGACAGGUGUUAGAUUCCUAUCCAAGCCUGAACAAAAUCAGGGUCCAUGGGACCUUCCAGCAUAGUGGAUCUUGUCAUCAUGCUUGCUCAAGGUCCAGAUUGCUGGUGAACUCAUUGGAAAGCCUAGUAAAUGUACAUGUAAAGAAGUUAAAUGUUCAAAUAUCAGAAUUGCCACAUCUGAUAGACUCCUGGGUAGGAAUGGAUCAGUAAGGCUUACAGUGUGAUUGAAAUUCUGAAACAUACUGCAGUUCUAACACACACCUUUACCUGCCACAUUAAGUGUUUUGAAACAAAUUGCAUUGCUCUUGACUUUAUUCUGAAGAUUAUACAUUGUUUAUUUAUAUCUGAAUUAAUAUCCAUAUUUCAUGUAUAAAAGCAAUUCUUUCCUCUAUCUUCUGGAAUUGAACUGGGGACAAAGCAGCUACAAUUAAAAUUCAGCCCUGUUUUGAAAUCAAGCACACACAUCUAACAAGUAGUUUUAUUACCAAAUUUGGGCUGGGCAAAAGUCAAGCAAAGCUCACUCUUAUUAAGCAAACUAUUUUUUUUGUUAGUGUAGGUCUAUUGAUGUAAACUAUGCUACAAGUGUAAAGUUAUAUGAAAAUAUACACAUCCUGAUUGUCGUAUAGACCACAUGUGAAUUUCUCAAAAAGAAGUAAACACAGCUCCUAAUCUGUACUAUGUACAAACUCCUUGAACUUUUUUUUUGUCAAACUUGUAUUUUCCAGUUAGUCUCAAUGCUUUGUGCUACGUAAAUUUUCAACUGGGAAGUGGUAAACAUGAAGGAGAAUGAUUGAGAGAUCAUAAUCUUUUUAAUCUCUAGCUGCUGUAGUUAUGAAAAAGGACAAAACUUGAAAACGUCUUUCUUUAUGAAACAAAUUGGGUUAUCAGCUCUGAAAAACAAAUCACUUGCAUAUGAUGUUGGUAACAAUAACAAAAAUAAUGUUAUUUUUCUUUCUUACUUGUUUUCAUAAUAAUUUUUUCAAUGUAGGAUUCCAAAAUAUACUUUAAGUGUUGACUAAUUGAGUUAUAUAAGUGCAAAUAUAGCAUGUGAUUUUCUGAGAGAAGGAAAUGAAAUGUAAAGUAAACCUCUCAAAGCUUGUAUGUGGAAUAGAAGCUCAGACUCUUUAAGCAUAUCUGAAACUACCAACUAAUAAGCAUAUUCCAUCCUUUGUAGUGUUAUUUAAAAAUGAAAACAAAAAAGCCCACUAGUGCUCACUUCAUGUUGUGUUUUUUUCCGAAUGAAAAUUUCAUGUAUCUUUAUCAAGAUUUUUGCAGUAGUAUUUACUGUUUCAGUAAGACUCACUAAAUUUUUUUGACAAAUUUACUUCUUUUAAUUUCUUCAAAAAAUUAGGAGGUCACUUUUGUUUUAUUUGAUGGAAAAGGACAGUUCUUUGACCAAGUCCAGGAUAGAACUUUCUAAUCAAAAUCUGCAAGGACUAAUCAAUAACCAGCUGAUCAAAGCACUUUACAAUGGAUGUGCAAGAUUGACUUCAGAGCAGGAUGUUAGAUAGGGAUCUCCCAGUUCAACUAUUUCUUUAUCAUAAUCCCACACUAGAAGUUUCAAUGACUUUUUACUGAUUGCUUAAUGAGUAUUUUUACAUAAAACAACAUUCUUGUUUUCUGUCAGGCUCUGUGGGACUGAGGGAUCCUGAAAACAUGAGUUAUACAUUCUUCACUUUAUAUCCUCCUUUAUUGUUUAAUUUUUUUCUUUCUUUUCUACCCCCACGGGCUCCCUUUUUGUGCUGGAUGCUUGAAACACUGCAGUAUGAUAAUUUAUGUUAAGAAUGUCAGAGGAAUCUAGGAAUAAAACUUCAUCUCUCUGAAAAAGUGGAAAUACUUAUCAGUGGAAUCUGAUGCCAAAUGUACUAAUCUUCAUUUUUGUACUCUUGGGCAAACAUUGAAAUUGGACUUUAUCACGACUGAAUUUCUUUUUUCCAAGCACAGUAAUACAAAAUUCACCUUCUAUAAUAACUUAAAUAAUCUUGCUGGUUUUAAGUAUUUAUAUUGGCCAAGACCUUAGUGUCCUAUGUCACAUA